GAAUUAAAAUAAUUAUCAAGAUAGUAGAUGAAACUAAGAAGGAUAUUAUAUUAAAUCCAUCUGAUAUACAACCGCCUAGUGAGUUAUUAAUAUUUGAACCAGCACUAAAUUCUCUAUCACUCUUAAAAAACUCGUUAGAAGAAAUAAUCGCAAAUUCACAGCCGCAUUUUCAUCUUGGCAUACAUAUCUACAUUGACAUUGAAGAGAAUAACAUUGCCUUAUUUAUAAGACAUCCAUAA